UUUUUGCCACCUAAACUACAAAGAAAACCCAUAAAAUGAGUGAAAUUUCAUCUCAAUACGAUAGACCCUUAGAGAGAUCUGAAGCCUCAGGUUGGGAGUGAUGUGGACUGAGUGGAGUUACUCUCCAGCUAACAAGUGUAAUUUUUUAUGUUCAUAUUUAUACUCCACCUACCCAAGUCCUAAGCCUUUAUUCACCCUAGUAAAUCAAAUCAGAUCCUUACUCUCUCAAUUGUUAGCUAGGGUUCUUCAAGCUUCAAAUUUCUAACAAGAAACCUUCAUUUCAAGUAAUUGGGGCUAACAACAACAAGGUACAUUAUAAUUAAGGGUUGUUUUCCUUUGCUUCUCUUUUAUUUUUUACUUUGGUUCCAUUUUUGCUGAUAUUAACACUAUGGGGUCAGUGAAAGUAGAUAGGAAAAGAAAAAAAAAGGGUAAUUUUAGUGGUGGUCGUGAUUUUGCUGAAUCUUCUAGACAAGCUGAAACAAGAUUUAAGUAUAGAUCUUGCUCUAAAAGUUUUACUUACCAGAAUAUCAUUUACAAGAAUACUACUUACAAGAGUCCUUCACAAAAGAAAUUUAGAAAGCAAAAACAAUUAUCUAGUAGUAGUAGUUGUUCUGACUCUUCUGAGGAGUAUGGUGGUGUUACUAGGAAGAAAUUAUGUUUCUCUAGUAGUAGUUCUGAUGAUUAUGGUGUUGUUUGGAAGAAAAGAUUUCAUGAUCAAAAAGAUAGUUCACGUAAAAGAGUUCAUAAGAGAAGAAAGGUGCGUAAUGAGGACAUAUUUGUGGGGGAUUGUGACUAUCUCAUGUACUUGAAAUUAUUGAACGGGGACAAGGAAAAGGAUAAAGAUGAUGGUGAAUAUGAAAAUGAUGCUAUUGUUGCUGAUGGUAAUAGCGAUGAUGACGAGGAUGGCGAAGAAAAUGAAGUUAUUCAUGUGGAUACGGACGGUGAUAUGCUGGACAUGAGUGGUAAUGGGACUGGUGUGGGGAAUGAGCUUACUCCUGAUGAUAGCAAUGGCGGGGAUGUCGAAGAAAAUGAGAAUAUUCAAGUGGAUGUUGGCAUGACUGUUGUUUCAGGUGAUGGAAUUGAUGUGGGGGAUGAGCUAGAUCCUGAGUACAAGAUGUUUUGCGAAAAUUUGAGGGAAGAUGGUGAAAUUUACAUCCUAGAGAUGGAGAGGGAGAAGGGGGGCUUUGAGCCAUCAGUACCAUCUAGUUGCACCAAGGGUAAGUCUAUGACAGUCAAUAAUUUUCACCCACUCCUUGAUGAAUGCAAGCAGGAACUGACAUCUACAGCUGAUGAGGGUUACUGUGAGUUUCUUAAAAUAAUUGGAGUAAUUGAUGGAUCCUUGAUUAUGAGAACAAAUGAUAUUAUUCCGCCAACUGGAAAACACAAGGUUACUUCGUCCGUUCCUGAAAAGUCUCCUAAAGAUGGUUUCCCUUGUAGUAAAAAUCAGCAAUGUGAAGAAGAGAGCAGGGGUACUAUAUCUGAUCCUGGAAAAGUUAUGAAAGAUGGUUUGUGCUACUGCAAAGACGCGGCGGAAGAACCACAUAAACCUCAGAAAUCCUGUGACUCACAGUUGCUUCCAAACUCUAAGACGGAUGGAGAUGAUCUGGGUACUGAUUGCUCCCGUUCGGAAUAUAAAAAAAGGCUUGAAGAAUGUAUAAACAUGCCAUAUGAUGAGAAGGAGUUUGCUGAUAAGUGGGAAUUAGCAUCCCGUCGCAAGGAGUGUGAACGAGUUAGUGAAACAGGUGGACAUUCUGUAUCAUAUGCCACUGAGAAAACAAGCCGUUCCUAUUUGGAUCUGCACCCUGAUCUUGCAGAAUUGGUUGAUCACGCUUUAGCACGUCUUGAUGGGUGUAGAGCAUUGUUGCUUUUACGUUGCUUAUUCUUCUAUACUGAGCAUAAGGCCGACGAAGGAGCAUUUAUACCGUGGAAAGACCCCUCGUUUGAGAAGAUGUUGUUGGACCCUGUAUAACAAGAAGUGCAGAAUGCUUGUUAGCUGAGGAGAUGUUGUUAAGUAAAGGGGGAAGACAACUUUACCUGACCACGUUAAAACAGUUUGCAAGUUGUAUUACUCUUGGCAGUAAAAUUUCCUUAGCAGGAAAAUAUCUAUAUUUUAAGACCGCCUUAAUCACAGUAGUCCAUUAGUUACAACUUAAGUAGCUAGUACUAAAAGAUGGAAGUAAUUUUUAUGCAACUUAGAUGGACAUAUUUCGUAAUUCUCUUUAGCUGUUUGAGAUGCUUUGAAGUCAUUUCGGGAUGGAAAAUAUAGAUAUCUCGCGUCUCAUAUCACUACAAACAAACUGGAAUAUAAAGUUUACCAGGUCUUUACA